CAUUUCUCAUCAUAAUAAUAUUCUAUUAAAACACCAAAUGGAGCAAACAAAUUCAACUUUUCUCAAUUGUCUACUUAGUACAUCUUUACUUUGUUUCAUUUUCUUUUUCAUGAACUCUCUUGAACUGAUUACCACUGCCAAGGGCAAUCCCAGUUUAGUUCUCACCAACGAGACAGACCAUCAAGCACUGCUUGCAAUCAAGGAUUUGAUAACAGGAGAUCCUCUGGGUGCCUUAAGCUCAUGGAAUCAUUCAAUUCACUUUUGCAAUUGGCAAGGAGUCUCAUGCGGUCCUCGACAUCAACGUGUCACGGUCCUAAACCUGUCAUCUCUCUCAUUGGUGGGCUCUGUAUCUCCUCAAAUUGGGAACCUCACCUUCCUUAGGACGAUUGAUCUAGGUAACAACAGCUUUCAUGGUGAAAUCCCACAAGAACUUGGCAAGUUGUUUCGUCUGCAGUACCUUCUGCUUUUGAAUAACUCUUUCCAAGGUGAAUUUCCCACCAAUUUGACUCAUUGUUCACACUUGAGAGUUAUCCGUGUGCAUUUUAACAAGCUAAGAGGUAAAAUUCCUACGAAGCUGGGUUCUUUGUCCAAUCUCUCCUUAUUGAAUCUUGCAGUCAAUCAUCUCACUGGAACUAUCCCACUUUCAAUUGGGAACCUUUCCAAUCUACGUGUGCUUUGUCUAGCGUACAACAAUCUAGAGGGAAGCAUUCCCACCCAACUUGGGCAGCUUUCCAAGUUGGGGUUUCUUCAGCUGAUGGCAAGCAAUUUGUCCGGUAUGGUUCCUACUUCGCUUUACAACAUCUCAUCAAUGUAUUUCUUCUCUAUCAAUGUCAACCAAUUGCACGGAACUCUACCACCAGAUUUAGGCUUGACCCUUCCAAAUUUACUAGGAUUUUUUGUUACACACAAUCAAUUCUAUGGCCAAAUUCCAUCGUCAAUAGCCAAUGCUACGAGACUUGGGCGUAUGAAUUUUACCGACAAUUUUUUAUUGGGCCCAUUCCUAUGAAUCUGGGAACCCUUGAUGCUUUAGAAGUUUUUUCUGCUUCAGACAAUUCACUUGGAACAGACCAAGGCAAUGAAUUGACGAGCUUCCUCACUUCUUUAUCCAAUUGUUCCAAUCUACACACUCUGAAUUUGGGCGGUAAUCAUUUUAAAGGUCUUUUGCCCCAUUCUAUUGCAAAUCUCUCCACCAAGAUCACUGGGUUUUCUCUAGAAGACAACUAUAUAUCUGGAAACAUACCUCUUGGUAUUGGGAACCUUGUAAAUUUGCAAUACCUCUUUCUAGAUCAGAACUUGCUUACAGGUAGUAUUCCAAAUUCCAUUGGAAAACUCUCCAUGUUGGAACAGCUCUUCCUUGGCAACAAUAACUUCUCUGGAGAGAUUCCAUAGUCUAUUAGAAACCUGAGUAGGCUUGGUGUACUUGACCUAUCAACAAAUAUGAUUGAGGGAAGCAUUCCAAUUUCUUUAGGCAAUUGUACCAAUCUACAAGAAAUUUAUCUUGAUGACAAUCAUCUCACAAGAGCAAUACCUUAUCAAAUCUUUGGUGUGCUUUCCCUCUUUAAUCUAUUCUUAAGUCAUAAUUACUUAAUAGGACUACUACCACAAGAAGUGGGUUACUUGAAAAAUCUGGGAAGACUAUAUGUAUCAAAUAAUAAACUAUUUGGAGAAAUUCCCGCCACUCUCGGCAAUUGUGAAGUUUUAGAAUUCAUCUACAUGGAAGGUAACCUUUUUGAAGGUACAAUUCCGACAUCUUUUGAACAAUUGAAAGGUAUUCAACAACUAGAUGUUUCUAAGAACAACUUGUCUGGACAGAUUCCAGGGUUUCUCGGGGAGUUUUGGUUAAUUCAAUAUCUCAAUCUUUCCUACAAUAUGUUUGAUGGUGUAUUUCUCGGGGUUAGAGGACAAAGGCAUUAGGAUAGAUGAAGAAAUGAUUCU